CGUAGUCAUCGUUUCAAGGAGUAAAUGCUCUUGAAGAGCAGCACUUAAAUGGAUCCAGGGCUUUCCAUUAGGAGCGCACUUGGCUAUCUGAAUUAAUUUCGGAUACCUCACCUCGGUCGAGAAAGCGGAGCAUAUCACAAAAGCCCGCAGUUAUUAACACCCUGUCCUUUUUACACCUUACAAUGCUCCUUUUUCAUCUUUCUUUUUGCUUUUCCGUAUACUUGACAUUUGUUGCUGUUCAAACCAUCCGGACAAGUGUCAAGAGUUAGGGGGAGUCAUGCCACAGAUGCACAGUGACUAUUCAACUCAUCCACAUCCAAGCUGAGGCUGUUCCCACUUUCAGGAGGCUUGGCCAGACUUGCCCUGGAACUGGCCUGUCUCCUCACCUGUAAUAACCCUCCUACCUCCUAACUCCUACUCUGGCAAGCGGUCUGGUCUGGAGCUCAAGCUCAGUGAGAAUAUCUUUCAGUAUUCUCUUCCAGUUGGAUUGAGCCAAACUAAAACCAAACUACUCAGUUUGCAGAUUGUAUAUGCUUCACUGUCCUCUUCCUACUAUUCUACAUUUUUUAUAUGACAUAGACUUGCCCUUGUACACUUUGAAGUAGAUAUUGGGAAGAUCAGAGAGAUCGGCCUCAGAGCUAUGCCUAUGAUCAUGAUCCUCAGUAACCAAAUACGACUCUGACAGGUCAGACUGUCAGAGAGUCGACUCCACACUCCAUCAAAGAUCUUUUGUGGUCUCCAACUGUAUUAUAACUUGUGGCUUAACAUCCAGCACAAUCUCAAAAUGGAUUAUGAUUUCUAUGUUAAAUAGCAUUCCUCUGCAUACACAAUGUGUGUCUCGCUCAGUGUUUAAAACAAGAACAUAGCUUACUAUUUUUGAUUAAUCGUAAUUGCUCAUUAGAUUGAGACAUCAUCAGUCAAAUUACAAUUUGACAUGACAGUCUUAAUGUGAUCCUUAUUUUAAUUAUUUUUACUUCUCAGGAAAGUGCUCUGAUGUCCUUGUCUUCUCUCAGCAAACAUAACUGUCUGCAGUCUGUUUAUCAGUCUACUGUUACAGUACAGGGCAGCACAGUGUAUCAAUACUGUAUAGAGAACAGAUGGUUCCUAUAGCAGACAACAUGAACAUGACCCCAGAGCCUCCGACACAGAACUGCUCCAACUGCAGCCAGGCAUUUGUCCCAGAGCUCAAUGUGAUCAAGGCUGUGGCGCUGGGACUGAUACUUGGGACCUUCAUCAUAUUUGGGGUUUUUGGGAACAUCCUGGUAAUCUUGUCGGUGGUCUGUCAUCGACACCUACGCACAGUCACACACUACUUCAUUGUCAACUUAGCGGUGGCAGACCUCCUGCUGAGCUCCAUCGUGCUACCCUUCUCUGCCACCUUUGAGAUCUUAGGGUACUGGGUGUUUGGACGGCCAUUCUGCAACGUGUGGGCAGCGGUGGACGUGCUGUGCUGCACAGCCUCCAUCAUGAGCCUGUGUGUGAUCUCAGUGGACCGCUACAUCGGGGUCAGCUACCCGCUGCGCUACCCAGCCAUCGUGACAGAGCGCAGGGCACUGCUAGCUCUGGUGGGCCUGUGGGCUCUGUCUGUCACAAUCUCCAUUGGCCCUCUGUUUGGCUGGAAGGAGCCGGCGCCUGAGGAUGAGUCUAUCUGUAAGAUCACAGAGGAGCCUGCCUAUGCCAUCUUCUCUGCUGUGGGCUCCUUCUACCUCCCGCUGGCCAUCAUACUGUCUAUGUACUGCAGGGUGUAUGUGGUGGCCCGCCAGGAGAGCCGGGGCCUGAGGGAGGGUCACAAAAUAGACAAGUCAGACUCAGAGAGCAUCACGCUGAGGAUCCACCGCGGCAACACGGCUGUGUCUGAGGACGAGGCCCUGCGCAGCCACACACACUUCGCCCUGCGCCUCCUCAAGUUCUCCCGAGAAAAGAAGGCCGCCAAGACCCUGGGCAUUGUGGUUGGCUGCUUCGUGCUCUGCUGGCUGCCUUUCUUCCUGGUUCUGCCCAUAGGUUCCAUAUUCCCGGCGUACAGACCUUCAGACACAGUUUUCAAGAUCACCUUCUGGCUGGGCUACUUCAACAGCUGCAUCAACCCUAUCAUCUACCCCUGUUCCAACCAGGAGUUUAAGAAGGCCUUCCAGAGUAUUCUGGGAGUGCGCUGUCUGAGAUCCCAGCCCAGAGCCACUCAUUACCUGGGUCCAGGCCUCAGUCAUGCCCAGGUCCAGGGUCAUUCUCUCACUCUGAGAGUAGAUAGCAGAGGUGAACCCUCCCGUCUUAGCCCCUCCUCCUCCAUAGCCCUGUCCCACACACCCUCCUCUAGGGAUGACAGAGAGUGGAAGAUAGAGACAGGACAGGCUAAGGUGGCCCAACUGUGCAGUAGGAGUCUGCUGAAGACCUGCUGCUGCAUCAGAGACGGGAGCCUCAACCAGGAGACCAGCCAUCCCCAGCCCCCUCCACACGGGACCCUGCCCACCAUUAAGAUCCACCAGCUGUCUUUGUGUGAAAAUGGAGAGGCCGUAUAACCAGAGAUAAUGAUGGAGUAAAUCAUUUUGAAUGUCUCUGGUAUGAAUACUGUAGCUCGUCUUCUCUUAAACAAAGCAUGGUCUAGCCUCAAGGUCCAGUGCUAUUAAAAGAAACUAAAGUGAAUAGUGAAUACAUUUCUAAGCUAAGUGGAGUUUACAACGAUGAAACAUUAAUAAUAGCUGGUGGAGAUGGUCGAUGAAAUUCUGAAAUAUUUGGAGUACUCUGACUGCAGAUACACAAUGGCAGUGUUUAAAUUAUUGUUUGUUUUUACCCACUAAACCAAGGUUUUACCUUGAGAUGUUGACACUCUUUAAAGGUCCAAUGCAGCAGUUAUUAUCUACAUAUCAACUAAUUUCUGGGUAACAAUUAAGUACCUUGCUGUGAUUGUUUUCAAUUAAAAUGAUCAAAAAGUAACAUUACAUUUACAUUUUAGUCAUUUAGCAGAUGUUCUUAAUCAGAGCGUCUUAUACUAGUGAGAAACAAAAAUAGCUUCUUGGUGAAGAGCAAUUUCUCAAGAAAGAAUUUUGCUAAGGCUGUCUGGUAGUGGUCUGAGUGGGAAGGGGAAAAUUGAAAAUUAGCUGUUAUUGGAACUCUCUUUCUUAUUGGUCUAUUAACUAAUUUACCACCUGGUGAUGCCACCAGGCAGGCCACAACUCUAUCCAGCUCUUACACUAAAAGGGAAUCAUCAUAAUUUUCACAUUUCACAGUAUUAUUCCAACCUCAUAGUGUGGAAAUAUAUAUAAAACACAGGGAAAUCACGUCUUUGACUGUACUGGGCCUUUAAGACAAGUGCACAUUCUCUCGGGUGGCCUUUGCCACUCUUCACACUUUACCAUCCAGUUGAUUUGAAUAGUAAAGAAAAACAGUCCAAAUUACUAUUCCAAUCUAACGCCAAAAGUGAUAGUUCCCCAAGAGCAAAAUAUAUCCCCCUCCCCUUUUAAAUAUACAUGUUAGAAAAAAGUUUUCCCUGGGGAGCUCAGUAAUUUUACUGGGAUCUACACUUUAGCUAUAUCAAUAUAUGUAUUAUUUAUUACAGAUAUUCCUGAAAAGAUAUUGGGGUUUGUGAAGGUAUUUCCAAAGGAGGACCAAAUUGUGUGUUCCUUGUGUAAUGUUUACAAGUUGUAUACUUACAAAGAAUAUUACCAAUGCAUAAUAGGUCAAGUCUGUACAUAUGUAAUUGGUGGUAACCUCACAAAUUGCUCAAAAUUGUAAUAUUUCUCCCAGUGUCUUACCCUUUACCAAGCUCUUGUCCCGUUGUGAGAAUAGUGUGUGACUGUAUGAUACUGUGACAUCCCUCCCAGUCUCCCUGGGGAGUCAGAGGGCAGGCACAAUGCCCAUCACAAAUGAAUCACACCAUACUGUCCACAGCAGGCUGGAACCCAAGAGGAUACUGUCCUUCCAUGUCACGUAUUCCAAUAAAAAGAUUAUGAGAUAUUCUCAGUUUGGGAGUUGCAACA